AUGCACCUCCUCACCCUCACCACCCUGACCCUCACCACCCUGGCCACCACGGCCACCGCCGUCGGCAACGCAGUCGUCACAAACAACUGCGCAGACCCAAUCUACCUCUGGUCCGUCGGCUCCUCCGUCUCCCCUAAACACACCAUCGCCCCCGGCUCCAACUACACAGAGCCCUUCCACCAUGACGACCAAUCCGGUGGCAUUGCGCUGAAAAUCACCCGCACCGACAACGGGCUGUACGAUGGGAGCGCGCAAUUGACCUACUCGUACUCUCUUGAUGGGGAGAGCGUGUGGUAUGAUUUGUCAAGUGUGUUUGGGGAUGCAUUUGAGGGAGAUGCGGUUGUGGUGAAGCCUGAUGAUGAGGGAUGUGGAAGUAUUUGCUGGCCUGAGGGGAGCACACCUGGUGGAAGUCAGGUCAAGACUUGUGGGGCUGGGGGGGAUAUUGGGUUGGUUGUUUGUGCGGAGGGGUGUUAA